CACCAAUGUUUUUUAUCCAUGGCUUCUUGAAAAAAAAGUUGCGCUUCCAGUAGUGGUAUUCCUUGACGGUCAUUCGUCGCAUCUGAGUAUUCAAUUAAGUAGGUUUUGUAUUGAGCACCAAAUAAUUGUUGUGUGUCUCUAUCCCAACACAACACAUAUUUUACAACCCCUCGAUGUUUCCGUGUUUUAUCCAAUGAAAAGUGAAUGGAAAAAGUUUCUGCGAAACUGGAAGUUUGCGAAUGACGGCCAAGAAAUUAAGAAAUAUCAAAUUCCUUCACUUCUAAAUGAUAUUUUAGAGCAUAAGUCAUUUGUCGAAUCAAUUAAAAAGGGAUUUAAAGUAUGCGGUCUAUUUCCAUUUACCGCGGAUAAUGUGGACUAUACAAAAUGCACAAAACAAGUGGACAACCAUAAUAAUGACACAGAAAUUUUUCAGGAAGAAAUAGUAAAUGACGGGAGAGAAGGAUUCUUGCCAGUGCUGGAGUCAAAAAUAGGUGCCGAGAUGUUGAGGGAUUUUAGAGAGUGUAAAAGGCAAAAUAAGCAGCCGGAUAAUGAAAGUGCUGGAAUGCUAUAUAAUGUUUGGCUUCAGUUUAAUCGGAGCGAGAACACCACAAAUAUUAUUGAUACACAUCAGGCUGUUACAGACAUUUUUGACUUUCCCUUUCCAGAAUGGAAUGAAGUGCUCGAAAACGUUUCAGUAGAGGACCAUCGCGAUGAAGCCCCACUGGUCCCAUCAUUUACAAACGACGUACUUUACAAUAUGGACAUUAAUGAAAUUUUAGCUUACAAGACAGACCUUACAACAAAUAGCCAAGGCUUAGAUGAAAUUAUACAUGCAGAAAUUUCCAAUACUACUACUUCGAAUUUCAAUCAAGGUCAUGGGGAAAUAACUGAAGGGCUUCGAGGUACAAACACCGAAUUGCAAGAUAAGUUAAAUGGAUCCGCAGGCGAGAUAAAACAUACCAACGAUCAGGUUAUGACGAAAUUAAUUUCAGAAAAUGAAGAUUCAAAUAAAAAGCAGCAUAGGACAGAACUCGUAAUUGAGGGCAGAAAUAACGACUUGCCUAGAAGUUCCAAUAUUGUGUCAGGCACAAAAAACACCCAUCAAAUUAAUAUUUUAUCCAACAUUUUAGUAUAUCCUUCAACCAGCAACAUUUCGGCGAAGAAGAAGAGGAAAGUGGAUGCUAUGCCUAGUGUCCUGACAUCAACCCAGUGGGUUACCUUGGCUGAGAAAAAAGAACAAGAAAAGUUAGAGGCACAAAACCUUAAGGAAGAGCGAAAAAGAAAACGAGAAGAGAGCAAGAUACUUCUGGCAAAAAAGAAAAAAAAUACUAAACGAAUGAAAAAACAACAGUCGGAAAUAAAGGACAACCAAGAGAAUUAUGAAAAUGAAAAACUUCAAGUGGAUUUAAGUCAUACAGAUAAUGUAGAUGAUUCUGUAGAAUUAACCGAUGACUACGUUCUUAAAAAAGGUGCUAAAGAUUUCCAAACACAUUUAAAAAAAAAUACUUAUGUGAUAGUGAAUUACGAUACUGGAUUUUAUCCCGGAAAAAUUCUUAAGGUAAAACCUGAUGGUUAUUUCAUUGCUGCUAUGGAAAAGAGUGGUGUCCAACAUUGGAAAUGGCCGGACAAAAAGGAUCAGCUUCUUUACCAGUUAUGUGAUAUACACCAAAUAAUUAACAAACCAAAAAAAAUAAACAAUAGGGGUGCAUUUAUGAUAAAGGAAAUGGAGGAGUACAAUAAGACUACUUAUGAAUAGGUACUAAACUAUAUAUAUAUUUACUAUAUAGGUACCUAGUUUUAACUAUAGUUACUAUAAUAUAAUAUAUUCUUUUACCUAGUCAGUUUGAGUUGCGAAGUAGGUAAGAAUUAAGUUAAUAAAAAAUAGGCUAGAGAAAAUGUUUUUAAGUGUUUAUGUUUAUUUAUUUUUAUUAAAAUAUCUUAAAAAAAAUUAAACAUUUUUUUUCUCAACCCUGGCCAAAACUGGACAAUUAAGUGGCGAAAGCUGGUUCAAUAGUGGCCACAACUGGUUAAACUCGU